AUGCCUACCGAUCUUGCUCCUGCAGCCGAACGAUUCAACCCCCACCUCUUACAGGAGCGUCCGGAAUCACAGGUCGCAGCGCCGCCCUUUCCUCAGAAGCCUCCCCCACGAAACGAGUUUGUGGUGGAAGCUAAUAAUGGAUUCUACUACGAUGGAGAAAUUAGACUGAUCUCUCUGGCAAAGACCUUGCAGCGUUUCCCAAAUCCUCACGGUCGUUACAAGAAGGCAGACAGCAGCGUUGUCAUGUUUAGCGGCGCAAGUCUCAAAGCCAUGUCGGAUCUGUUACCUCUCGCUUGCCGCAUGGCACGCCAACAAAUCAAUGAAGUUCAUUUCGUGCUUAUGGGAAGGGAUGCCGUAUCGGUCGAGACAAUACAGCAUCUCAAUGGCAUAACCGAUGAGGACUGUCGGAUUAACUGGCAUGAUACUCGACCGAACUAUGCGCAAUGGUCUACUGAUUCCCGCAUGCAAAGAGCUGCCCUCCUUGCUCUAGGCUAUUUGCAAUUCUACAUUCAUCCGCAGGUUAUGAUAACUCAAGGGGCGACGCUGGAGGACCCCUUUUUCUCCGAAGGGGUGGAGUUGGCCAGUCAAAGACAUGGCCUCUCUCUUAUCGUUCUUCCUGCAUAUUCUAGGGACUUAAUGUGGAUCUCAUUUCUGAACGGUAGUGCUCUUCGAGCCUGGAACCAAAUGCAGAUUGAGAUCCUAAUUCAGGCUCCUUCGGAAUCCUCUGCGUCUGUGAUCAGGUUGCUUCGCUCUUUGGAAGAAGCUGACUACCUUGGAUCAACACCCACCCAGGACCUCCCACAGCGAAAGGUCGUCUCAAAGAGAUAUCCGGCUGUCAUGGAAUACCUUCUCGAGCUUAUACGCGCGAAUGGAUACUGCGUGCUUUACCCAGCGUUCGAAGCCAGCGGACCUGCACUGGCUACAGUUCACAACGAACUGUACCACGCCCCGGAAGAAUUUACGACGCAUAUCUCACCAGAGCUGCCUAGUGCUGAAAGGAUGGAUAAUGAUCUGCCCCAGCCGCCCAAAGUGAGCGUGGAGAAACCAGACCUUCUCGCCAGAUACCCGUCAGAAAUGGCGAAAGAAGGCGAGCGGUCAGCUCCCGUUGACAAGGGCAAGGGCAAGGUUGAUGAUGUGAAGGAUUUGGCUGGAGGCAAGAAGCCUCAGGAUGAAGAGAAGCCACAAGCGGAUGGCAAGAAGAAGGAUGAGGAGCCCGAAGAAGAGGAACUUAGUGAGGAGGACCAGCAACUGAAAAAUGAGCUUGAAAUGCUUGUCGAAAGGUUAAAGGAACCCGAUACUUCGCUGUACGGCCCCGCCUUGGACGCCAUCAAGACUUUUAUAAAGACCUCGACUUCUUCUAUGACUGCGGUUCCUAAGCCUCUCAAGUUCUUACGACCAUACUACGAUGACCUCACGGCCCUAUAUGACAGCUGGCAGACCGGUUCCGUCAAGGAGUCGUUGGCGGAUAUGCUGUCGGUUCUUGGAAUGACUUACGGAGACGAAGAGAAACUCGAGACGCUCAAGUACCGUCUUCUCACGAAAUCGGAAGACCUCGGCUCCUGGGGCCACGAAUAUAUCCGUCACCUCGCCUUGGAAAUUGGUCAGGAAUACCAGAAUCGAUUGAACGCCGAGAAGGACGUGCAGGACCUCAUCGACCUCGCGCUGUCUCUUGUCCCGUACUUCUUGAGCCACAACGCCGAAGCCGAUGCUGUUGACCUUCUGAGUGAGCUGGAGAUCAUCGAAGAGAUCCCCCGCUUCUUGGACGAAAACACAUACUCGCGCGUUUGCCUGUACAUGGUCUCUAUGGUCAACCUCCUGACAUAUCCCGAGGACCAACAAUUUCUCCGCACCGCCCACGAGAUCUAUGUCCGUUACAACGAACUCACCAAGGCCGUCGUCCUCGCCAUUCGCCUGAACGACACCGAUCUUAUUAAGAGCGACAUCAACGCCACGUCGGACCGGUCGCUUAAGAAGCAAAUGGCGUUCCUGGUCGCUAGACAGCAAAUAUGGCUUGACAUGCCGGAAGAGGAGGAGGAUGAAUCCUUCAUGGAGAGUCUAAACAACACCUCGAUUCCGAACCACUUCAAGUCACUUGGAAAGGAGCUCAACAUUCUCGAUCCGAAAAUGCCCGAGGAUAUCUACAAGACGCAUCUCGAGAGUAGCCGUGGUGCCGGCCUCACAAAUGUCGACUCCGCAAGACACAAUCUCGCCAGCGCCUUCGUCAACGCUUUCGCCAACUCUGGCUUCGGCAACGAUAAGAUGAUGCUCGUGGAAGGCGAUAAGGGCCCGUGGGUUUGGAAGACAAAGGAUGAUGGAAUGCUGUCCACGACGGCGUCGAUGGGUAUGCUCUUGCACCGAGAUCCCGAAGUUGGUCUGGACAAGAUCGACAAGUAUACAUAUGCCUCGGAGGAGCAGAUCAAGGCCGGUGCGCUCUUGGGUAUUGGUCUCAUCAAUUCGGGUGUCCGUCUAGAUUCCGACCCAGCCUUGGCUAUCUUGAGCGAUCCCGAGAACCUUGAGUCUAAGAGCGUGCCCAUGCGAGUCGCUUCCAUCAUGGGUCUUGGCUUGGCUUAUGCUGGCUCCAACAAGGAAGAGCUCCUUGAUGCUCUGCUUCCUAUUGUUGAGGAUGUCUCGCUCGACAUGCAGCUCUCUGCUAUGGCAGCUGUCUCUUUGGGUCUUGUCUUCGUGGGCUCCUCGAACCACCAAGUUAGCGAGGCCAUCGCCACCACGUUGAUGGACGAGGAGCGACAGAAGCACCUCAAGGACAAGUGGACUCGUUUCAUGGCCCUUGGUCUGGCGCUGCUGUACUUCGGCCGUCAAGAAGAAGUCGAUGUUAUCCUUGAUAUCCUGAAGGCUGUCGAUCACCCCAUGGCCAAGCCCACUUCCGUUCUAGCAUCUGUCUGCGCGUGGGCGGGAACUGGCACGGUGUUGAAGCUGCAGGAGCUCCUUCAUAUUUGCAACGACAUCAUUGAAGAUAGUGACGAGAAUAAGGGAGAUGAGCUAGUCCAGUCGUACGCGGUCUUGGGCCUGUCGCUGAUUUCUAUGGGAGAGGAGGUUGGCCAAGAUAUGAUCCUCCGUCAAUUCGGCCACCUUAUGCACUACGGCGCGAGCAACAUCCGCAAGGCGGUUCCCCUUGCCAUGGGCUUGAUCUCGCCUAGCAACCCUCAAAUGAAGGUUUACGAUACCUUAUCCAGGUACAGCCAUGACAACGACAACGACGUUGCUAUCAACGCUAUCUUUGCCAUGGGCCUGUGUGGUGCCGGUACUAACAAUGCCCGUCUGGCACAGCUGCUCCGACAGCUGGCAAGCUACUACCACCGCGACCAGAACUCGCUGUUCAUGGUUCGCAUUGCCCAAGGUCUUUUGCACAUGGGCAAGGGCACCAUGACGCUCAACCCUUUCCACACAGAUCGCCAGGUUCUGUCCCGCGUAUCAGCUGCGGGCCUGCUCACCGUGCUGGUGUCUAUGAUUGAUGCCAAGCAAUUUGUCCUUGAUGAGCAUCAUUACCUUCUCUACUUCCUCAUCACCGCUAUGUACCCACGAUUCCUCGUGACACUCGACGAGGACCUGCAGCCUCUCACAGUGAAUGUUCGUGUUGGACAGGCUGUGGAUGUUGUCGGACAGGCCGGACGCCCCAAGACGAUCACUGGCUGGCAAACGCAAAGCACUCCGGUCCUUCUGGCAUACGGCGAGAGAGCUGAGCUGGAAGACGAACAGUACAUCCCUCUCAGCAGCACAUUGGAAGGCUUGGUCAUUUUGCGCAAGAAUCCCAACUGGGAGGCUCCUGCUUAA